AUGAGAGUGGUGCUGCUCGCGCACUCGUAUCUCGGCAUAAGCUGGAGCGUGCUCAUCUUCCGUUCGAGACUGCUAUCGCUCUUUCUGAACCUCUUCGAUCCUCCAUUGGCGCCGUAUCGACCUUCGCAAUACGUUGACCAGCGCAAUCUGGCAAGGGAGGGACAUAGUCGGGCGGCUCGCCUCAAGCAUUUUCUGCUUCGUCGCAGGCCGGGCUUACCCCAGUACAAGCGCAACCUGCUUGCUAUGUUCGACUUUCUCGCUUCAUCUGCAAUCCUCAAGACACUCCUUGGUCGCCACUACUCAGCACGGGACAUGCUGCUCACGCCGCUGAUCGUCGGUGCUCCCUCUCUUCGUUCGGUCCUUACGAGCACAGCCAGUCGAAUGUCACCGGCCCCAGGGGCGAGCAUAUUGUCAAGCUUGCGAGAUCAGCGGUGGCUCGCAAUGUGGCUCGUUGCGUUCACUGUAGCUCAUGAGACCUGUCAUGCUACUUUACUAGCCAUUCUGGCACGUUCGGAGGCAGCGACGAAAGCCGUUCGCCUCAUCGAAGCGCGCGGGCAAUCAGUGCGAGCGAAUGUCUCGGACGCAGAGUGUCCUGUCUGCCUUGGCUCGGGUCCAACGUGGGAUACCGCGACGAACGAUUCGCCGUUUGCCGGUGGGCAAGAGAAUCCUCUGGAAGCGUUCUGCUCGGCGGAAGGUCACGAGCUUCACCGUCAAUGUCUCUUUCGUUGGUUCGAAGAGAAGCAACUCCAGCAGCGACUGUCUCGCAGACUGCCUUUUGCGGCUCAAGACACAGUCCGCAUCCCGGGCUUGAACUUCACACUCAACUUUGAGGGACAGCUUCAAGGCUUCAAUGUCCGUGUCACCCAGCUGGCGCCGACGCCCACACCGCAACUCAUCGGACAAGCGAUGCGACCAUGGGGAAUGCCUAUCGACGGUCACUCGAUCGUGCGCAGUCUAGACGAGGUCGAUCGCUCGGCGAACGACGGUAUACACCUGUACUUGCUUGACAGCUUUGUUGCCUGCCGCCAUGCGCACGGCCAAGUCUGGUGGCAAGACUUUGACGAUCAGACUGCCAGAGCAGCACGUCUAGCGUUUUCGGCGCACAGCGGAGCUUCCAGGGUGGCUGUCCUCACAGCCUCUAAUCCUGGACCAUCCUGCGCGAUCUGUCGAGGGCCGCUCAGCAUAGAAUUGCAUGUCUCGCCCCCGCCAAAGGUUGCAGAUCAGACAGAAGAACGAAAUUCAUCGAUUCUAUCGCUCAGCAGCAAAGCAGCCAGCAGCAUCUGGUCGGUCUGGUCAGACAGUCUGGGACCUGCCAGUGUUGCCGCGAAGCUAGCAGCUUCAAGCUUCUGGACCCUCUUCCUCUGGGUCAAUUCACGAGCAUUGGCUGACGAAUACUUUAGCGUUCGCGCAUCGAGGGAUCUGCCAUCAACAUAG